CCGUUCUGGCCCCCUGCCGCGCCCCUGGCACGCCCUGCGAGCGAGCUGCCUUUGGCAUGCCCCAGCCGCGCCGGCCCCAGCCCCAGUCGUUGCGAUGGGGGCUGGGGCCGCCAAGUCGCCAAGGCAGCCGGGCAUCCCAGCGACGGCCUCUGCGGAGCACGCGGCCAGGGCCCGCCCAGAGCCCGUGAGCUGGAGCGCGCUCGUGGAGGGCAUGGAGGAGGUGGCACGAGGUGUGCAGCCGUGGGACCAGCACAGCUUCGAGCUGGCGAGGACCCUGCAGGAGGCGGUGCGGAACCACGGCCGCGUGGAUCUGAUGACCGACCUCCGGGAGGGGAAGAUGGUCGCGGUGAAGCGCAUGCCGAACCGGUGGGUGCGCGAGGGGCCUAAGGAGUUCAAUGAGACAUACGCGACAGCCUCCGAGAAGCCUUGGGCCGACAUGGCCAUCGUGAAAAUCUUGAACAGGAGGAGAUGCCCGUUCGUGUGCGAGCUGUUCGGCGUGUUCCGCGACAGCGAACUCACGUACGUCAUCACCUCCCUGGCGACGGAGGGCGACCUCUUCUCUUGGUGCGAUAGGAAGCCGCUGCCCGGGCCGAAGCGGGAGCAGAUGCUUCUGCCCAUCGUGGUGCAGCUUUUCUCGGCCGUCAAGUGGCUACACGAUGUCGGUAUAGCGCACAGGGACCUCUCGCUCGAGAACGUCCUCCUGAACAAGGAGGGAGACGAAAAGGACGGAGAGCCCAAGCUGAGACUCAACAUCAUUGACUUCGGCAUGGUGACGCUCGAGCGCACCGUCUCCAUGGAGGUGCGUGGCAAGCCGUCCUACCAGGCGCCCGAGGUGCACCGGGGCCAGGAGUACGACACCUUCCUGACGGACUCCUUCGCUCUGGGCGUCACGCUCUUCGCCAUGGCCGUGCAGGACUACCCGUGGACAUCAACGAAGCCCAACGCCUGCCAGAUGUUCGAUUACGUCUCCAAUAACGGGCUCCAGAAAUUUUUGCAGAAGCGCAAGCUGCGGAAGGGCGGCCCCGGGCAGCUGGCUGAUGCCCUGUCGGUCGGUUUCGUGGAACUCAUCAAGGGCCUCGCGCAUUUAGACCCGGAGCUGCGCUUCUCGCUGGGCGAGACCACGGGGCCGUCGGCCCAGAGGAGGUCUGUGUGGACGUGCAGGUGGCUGCAGGGGAGGACUCCCGAGGACUGGUGCAAAGGGACGUGCUGA